AUGGCUUACACUUCCCCAGAAAAAUUCCAAGGUAUCGCUGUCCUAGACCACAAGGACUGGAAGAACCCAAAGAAGGUCCAAUUUGACCCAAGAAAAUUAUACGAUCACGAUAUUGAAAUCAAGGUUGAAUGUUGCGGUGUUUGUGGUUCUGAUAUCCAUGCUGCCUCCGGUAACUGGGGUGAUCUAACGAAACCAUUGGUUGUCGGUCACGAAAUUAUUGGUACUGUUGUUAGAUUAGGUGAAAAUUGUAACAGUGGGUUGAAGUUGGGUGACCGUGUCGGUGUCGGUGCUCAAGUCUUUUCUUGUUUGGACUGUGAACGUUGUAAGAACGAUAAUGAACCAUAUUGUGAAGGAUUCGUUACCACUUACGGUCAAGAUUAUCCAGACGGAUACAGUUCUAAGGGUGGUUACGCUGAUUAUUUCAGAGUCCAUGAACAUUUUGCUGUCCCAAUCCCAGAAAACAUCCCAUCUCAUUUGGCUGCUCCACUAAUGUGUGGUGGUCUAACCGUAUACUCUCCAUUGGUUAGAAACGGUUGUGGUCCAAACAAGAAGGUUGGUAUUGUCGGUAUUGGUGGUAUUGGUCAUCAAGGUUUAUUAUUUGCUAAGGCUAUGGGUGCUGAAGUCUACGCUAUUUCCCGUACUUCUGCUAAGAAGGAAGAUGCCAUGAAGUUGGGUGCGGACCAUUUCAUUGCCACUAAGGAAGAACCAGACUGGGGGACCAAGUACUUCGACACAUUUGAUUUGAUUGUCGUUUGUGCAAGCUCCUUGACUGAUGUUGACUUUAACACAGUUCCAAACACAAUGAAGAUCGGUGGUAGCAUUGUUUCUAUCUCUGUUCCAGAACAAAAUGAAACUCUAUCUUUGAAGCCAUUUGGUUUGAAGGGUGUUUCUAUUUCAAACAGUGCUCUAGGUAGUAUAAGUGAAAUGAGAGAUCUAUUGAAAUUAGUCUCAGAAAACAACAUUAAACUAUGGGUUGAAACCAUUCCAAUUGGUGAAAAGGGUGUUAAGGAAGCCUUUGAAAGAAUGGAUAAGGGUGAUUGUAGAUACAGAUUCACUUUGGUCGAUUAUGACAACGAAUUUGCUAAAUAA